AUGUCUACACUUGGCAGCUAUCAUGCUAUGAUCGUUUCGAAGUAUUUUAUAACGAUUAACGACUUCAUUAAUUUAGAAUUGGUAUGCAAGAAGUUCCGUGGUAACAUGGAAAAAUUCCACUUCAACCCAAUUCCGUUAAAUUCCAAAACACUUGGAUACUUCCCAAACAUUGAGACACUUCACUUGUGGAAUAAAGAAGAUGAAAAUUUUGGCAAUGGAUUUUUGAUUAAGUUCAAUAAAAACCAUGUAUACAAUGGAAUGUAUGAAGAUGUAAAUAAAAACAGAGUAUAUGUGCCAAAACGGAUGUUUUAUCAAAUUGUUGUAUGGUUUGAUGUUGAUUAUGUUACUAUUAAUGAUGAAAACACAAGUCAAAACAUCAAGUUUAAAAACAUUAUAUACACCAAAAACAACAGAAAACAAUUUGGUAAUAACAUACCAUUGAAUGUGACAUCAAUUGGUUUUAGAUGUUUUAAUCAAUGUUACAGUUGA